ACUCGCGAUACGACACGAAUGAGAUAAAACUCACGACUUGUUUGAAUUUCAGUUCUUUUUCAUAGCUCUGUCUCCUCUCAUUUGUUCUAGUCGAUAUCGUUUAACCCAUUCCACAAAGUUUUGCAGCGAUUGCUUGACGCGUCACGACUUCCACGAUGCAGAAGUUCGCAUCAAGUAGCUUCAGUCUUGACGACCUAGGGACAGAUGGGGCGUGGCUAUGUGCCAAAGGCCCGUACCUGGAUUUUAUAGCAGAGCGUUGCUCCUACGAUCCUGGAUUAAUGAUCGCAGACCCAAAAAAUAAAGACCACCCCAUCAAACCCGGAAACGCGACCGUCGUUAUGCUAGAGCAAGAUCAUUCUUCCCUCAAUUUUGCAUCCAAGGAGUUCAAAUCAUGCUCCGAUCUUCAAUCCUACUUCAUGAAUGAUUCGGCAUCUCCACAAGGGCCUCAUCCACGACGGCGCAUCUACAUCAUGGAAGGUCUUGCUCAGGACUACAUCUCCGUUUUGGGAUCGCAAUUCUUCAUGAAUCCAUCCUUCUUCAUGCGCCAAGAGCGUACCUGCAUUUGGAGUAACGCAUUUACGCCCGUGAGCGACUCAUUACCGCAGCCGUCACUACUAGAACCACACAAGAGCUUCAUGAUCGACUAUUGCGAGCUGAGACAGUUUCCGCAAAUUAUUCCCAACACCGCAAUGUUUUGUAAAAGGACUGGUAGACAUGUUGGGAUGACUCCAUCUAGGCACGAGGAGAAGUCGACGACCGGGAUGCUACGGCGCAAAUGCUCCUUCUGGUCUCGGGAAACACAAAGCGGAGGUUGGGAUGUCGUCGUCUUAUGCGAUCCCCAACUCCAAGAUGCCUGGAAUGAUUCAAGCACAUGUGCCACCGUGCCCAAUAGUCCUUUCCAAGGCGGCUACGUUGAUUUUCUCCCAAUAAAUCUCACCCGCGACGCCCAUCUAACUACCCCAAAACAUACCCGAAAAUCUAUGCUCCACGAUCUGGUCUUCUACUACACCCACCAUGCCCACCUCAUUCCCCCCGCAGACUGGAAACUCCCCGUUGCCGCAUCACUUUUUCCCAAAAAGAUCAUAGCAGCCCACUACCUCCAACUAGUCGCUUAUAUCAAAGCGAUGCUCCCUUCCCUCGAACUCCAACUCUCCAGCAGCUGGACAAACGAACAAGAGCAAUGGCGCACUCUCCAAACCAUCUCCCGCCGCUGCGGCGACUAUUGCGAUAAUAUCGAAGACAUACUCCUAAGCUUGGGUCUCCCUCUUUCGCUACCCUCCUCCACCGCGGGUAGUUGGAUGGAUUCGGCGAAGGAUUACCAAUAUAUACGCCUCCGGCUUGAAUCCCUUAAGGCCCGCGCGGAUACGCUGAUGGCGGCGAUGACAGGCUUGGCAUCGAUCGCCGGCAAUCACCAGGCGCUGGACGAGGCCAAACGGGCCAAGAGACUCACCUUGGUGGGGUUGGUAUUUAUCCCCCUAGCGUACAGCACGAGUCUGUUUAGUAUGACGGACAACUUUGCGCCGGGGCAGAGCGCCUUUUGGGUGUACUGGGUCGUCGCAGUGCCGCUGAUUAUUUUCACGUUCCUCGUAGCAGGAGUGCUAGAUUUGGUGCUUGACGAAGCGGGGAAGUUUUCAUUUCAUCGGUUGAGAAGACAGAAGACGAAUGCAUCCUAGGAGCUGGAGACCAUGUGAAAAUGCCUACGGCUGUUUUCUUUCUUAGCUUUUAGAUCUCGGUGUGCCAUCUCAGGCGACAGUGUCUGCUAGUCCUUACUUUGCAACGCUUUUGAAUUCCAUCUUGUGAUUUCCCAGCUUUCUAUCCGUCGCUUCCUUCGUCCAUUUUCACUAUCGGGUCGCGUCGUGCUACCUUCGAUUAUUUACUCGUACACU